GGCCUCGACUUCUAGCGACAUUUAGCGGCGAAACGGCAUCUCAAGAGCGGGAGAUCCAGUCAACGGCUCGAAGAGAAAUGCAGAAAGCAUUGGGAGUCUAUGGACAGGUUCUGCGACUAGUGAGGCGGUUACCAAAGGACUCGAGGCCUUAUUACGCCAAAUACGCACGCGAAAACUUCGUCAACUACAGAGAUGUCGAGGCCAAUGACACCCAAUUCCUCGACGAGCUCUUCCUUAGAGCAUAUAACCACUCCCUAUGGGUUCUCAACAAGUAUUCGGUUGAUGAAUCGGCUGCUACUAAACUGAAGGAGAUUUGUUGCGGCUAGAAAAGGGAACUAUGCGUGUGCCUGCCAGGUGCUUGUCGUUAUACCCCAACGGGUAGUCACGAACUCUUUUGUUUUCGAAUUGUGAGGAUUUAUGACUUGUUUCUGCUCGGCUUUUAAUGUGGUUGGAUUUUUCGCUUAUUUCUACAUUUUUUAGAUAUUUAUGUUUGCCGACAGGUUGUGUCCGAUUAGAUUAAUAACAGUAGUCGAUUGAAUGAAGUAUCUCAUUUUGAUCAAGUGAGGUACGCUAA